AGGCCGCCCCACUGCGGAACGCGGCGGGGAGGGGAGGGCGGGCUGGAGCUGGCGCCCCGGGCCGGAAGCGCGCGGGUCGCGCAGGGGCGGCCGCGGACAUGUGCAAGAUGUCCUUCAAGAAGGAAACUCCACUUGCCAACGCCGCAUUCUGGGCAGCAAGGAGAGGAAACCUGGCUCUGCUCAGGCUGUUGUUGAACAGCGGUCGGGUGGAUGUGGACUGCAGGGACAGUCAUGGCACCACGCUCCUCAUGGUGGCCUCCUAUGCAGGCCACAUAGACUGUGUGAGGGAACUGGUUCUGCAAGGAGCAGACAUCAAUCUUCAGAGAGAGUCAGGUACAACUGCCCUGUUCUUUGCUGCCCAGCAAGGACAUAAUGAUGUCGUGAGAUUUCUCUUUGAAUUUGGAGCAUCUACUGAAUGUAGGACCAAAGAUGGGGGCACUGCCCUGUUGGCCGCCAGUCAGUAUGGGCACAUGCAGGUGGUUGAGACCCUGCUGAAGCACGGAGCCAAUAUCCACGACCAACUUUAUGAUGGAGCCACUGCACUCUUCCUAGCUGCCCAGGGUGGUUACUUGGAUGUUAUUCGAUUACUGUUGUCUUCAGGAGCAAAAGUCAACCAGCCAAGGCAGGAUGGUACCACAGCAUUGCUAAAAGCAGCCAACAAAGGGUAUAACGAUGUUAUAAAGGAGUUGCUAAAAUUCUCACCCACCCUUGGCAUUCUGAAGAAUGGGACAUCGGCCCUCCACGCGGCGGUGCUCAGUGGGAAUAUUAAAACAGUUGCACUGCUCCUGGAAGCUGGAGCAGACCCAGCCCUGAGAAACAAGGCCAAUGAACUUCCGGCAGAACUAACCAAAAACGAACGUAUCCUGCGUCUCCUCCGAAGUAAAGAAGGACACAGGAAGAGCUAACUUAGUUCCAUAUUUGACUGAAAGAUAGAAACCGUAAUCACAUUGUCCGAAAAGAAGUCACUUUUCAAAUAGUGUUGGAAAUUCCAUUAAGAAAGGAAAUGCUCAGAAUGCCCUCCCUGGGUCCCUGACCAAGGAGAGCUGGGCUCUGUGCCCUGAGUCAAGAACAGAAAGGCUCAGGGACCCCUUGCCCUCACUUAUGUGGGCUUCUCACACUGGCCUGCGCCCCCACUGCUGUGGGGCCUGGCAGAUUCGUGGAUUCCACAGAAACUCGUUUUACACUACGCUAAGUUGGGUCUCUCAGUUAAACUCUAAGACUUAAACCCUUGACAAGGUUUAAGCAAGAUGACAAAAGCCUUUAAAAUACUGAAAGUCUGAUCUUCAGUGAAUCAAAGCACUUUUACUUUUGCAUUAAAUGUCAGUGUGCAAAAAGAUACAGCUCCCUCAUGUUUUACACAUACAUGUAUGUCAUGCCAGCGUAAAAUGUUUUCUUCUCCCCAAAGGUUGUAGCCACGUUUAUUCUGAAUCAAUGAAGUGUAAAUUCACAUUAAAAAGCCACUUCUGACAUUCCACCGUGUGAUUUUCAAAGGUGGACUGUUGAACUAUAAAAAAGACAAAUUGUUGAUUUGUGAGUUGAUCCUCGUCUUAUUCCAACACGUAAAAAAUCAUUUUUACCAAGAAUCAAUAUUGAGGUACGGUGGGAAGCAAGUGGCAAUUUGGGGAACGCAGAAAAUUACAAGCCAUGGGAAAUUGAGGCUUGUCUCUUUGAGCUUUUAUUUUGGUUCUCUCGUUGGGAAUCCGCUUCCCAUGCCAUAACUAAGUAGACUUCCUAUGCUGUGCAAUCCUGAGCUCCCAGCACCACAUUGCUUGACACAAUGACUUUGAGGUCCUUGGAUGAAAUGUGAUAUAUGCAAGUACAAUACGUUUCUAUUAUAUUGCAGGAGUAUAAGUAAUAAAAGACUGUUAUUAGUAUUUAAUAGGUGUUCAUCUAUGCAUGUUCUUGAGCUGAUUGAUUCCAAGAAAGAGUCCUGAGUUUUAUUGAAUUAUUCCUUGGAGGGGAAUCAAAAUUUAUGUACAGUGCACUUUAUAAUCAAUGGUGUCUAAAUGCCUCAGUCAGUGCCUAAUUGCACACGCUAAAAUUAAACCGUCUUUCCAUAAUAAACCGUCUUUACCAUAAUAAACACUGAUGGCAUUUCUGGUAUUUAAAUACAUCUUUAGUUUUCUUUUCAUUUUCUGCUCUGGUUUCCAGGCAAUGUUCUGGAUGUUAAAGACAUGUUAACGUGGAAGAAAAUGUAAUCCCCACUGUUUUUUUUAACUAACUUGCAGGGGUCCUGAAAGCAUUAUCCUUAAGCCAGUCAAUGAUCAAAUAUAAUUUUUGAAAUUAGAAGAUACUCUCCUAAGGUUUGUUAUGAUUGAUAAAAUAAUCAAUCAACAGAAAUCAGCUUAUUUUAAUCAAUGUCACAAACAAAGGCUGUAAUGAGUCACCCACAGAGUCCCCAGGGAUGCCUAUAGCCUGACUAGCUAUGCAACAACUCAACAAUCUAAUUUCGGGAUAAAAAUUUAGAAAGAUCUGUCUGUAUUGCUAAAACACCCAGAUAUAAAUCCUUUAGUAACUAUAAAGCAGUGCCAAUUUCCUCACUGACUUUCUUUUACUUAGCAAAGUACUAAGUACAAAUGCACACUUUCCCCCAUGGGAAUUUCAGAAAGCUAUGUUCAUUUUGAAGAGGAAAAUAGUGUGGCCUUAAAUGCUUUGUAUUUUUCCCCUUUUGUUAGCCCUUGGGCCAAAACUGAUUGCUGAUCACUGACAUAAAUCAAAACAGUAUUGUGGGUACUGAUAACAAAGUUCCAAAAGACAAAAUGGGAUGAAAUCAUGAACUUCAUGUUUUCACUAAGAUAUGUUGUCCUUGGCCUAUGUGUUACAUUGUUUUAAGUGGAUAAUGUUCUUGAUCAACAUUAGAGCUAUAAGAAUGAAUCCAGUAGCUUUAACAAUAUUUAAUGGAUUAAAUAUUUAACAAUAUUUAAUCUCUUGCUAUAGGUAAGAGAUCUCUAGCCUAGAAGGAUCAGGUUUGGUCUGGAUGAGAUUAUGACAUUAUCCAUAACAGGGAAGAUGAUUGUAUUAACCAUGCACCAAAAACUAAAGUCUGUUAUUUGAAGUAAAAUUGCAUUUAUUUUGCACACAGGUAGAUGUUUUUUUUUUUUUGAUGAUGAUGAUGAUUCUUCUUUUAUGUUCAUCUAAUUCACAAUACAAUGAGCUCUGCAUCCUAAGACAGAACUAGCAAUUCCUAUGCAAAUCAUUUGUUGAGUGAGCCACAAAAGUGUUCAUUACCUCCAUUUGUUUGGUGACAUAUUCCAUGUUAUAAUUCAAAAUAAACUUAAUGUACUACCCAGCUUA